AAUUGUUCUCAUACGUUAAAUAAAGAAAAAAGGCAACUUGAUGACAAGAGAUUAGAUAUUUUUCCGAAGAACGGAAAACGACGUCGAGUGGAAAAAUAAAUCCCCACCUGCCCGUCUACCUUUCCAUCCAAUAGUAGAGAGUCUCCAUGGCUUUCAGCUCCAUGAGAACAUGACUAUAUUAUCAUUAACCUCUAUAUGUGGAGCCAUACCUUCGCAAAUUAGGGGACCAAAACCAGCCAUUUCCUCAGCACCAGAUAUCGUUUUCCAUCACCCACCUUUCUUGCAAUAUUUUGCCAAUGGAUUCAAGCACCGACAAUGAGAUAAUCCGUGAUUGUCCACCUUUCUUCAAAGUAUACAAAGAUGGGCGUGUAGAGAGGUACACGGUCACGACGCCUGCUCCCGAAGGCAUAGACCCAAAGACCGGAGUCCAAUCCAAAGAUGUGGUGGUUUCACCAGGCGUCAAGGCCAGGAUUUUCAUGCCACAAACCAGAAGCCCGGGUAAGAAGCUUCCCCUCCUUGUCCACUACCAUGGGGGCAGAUUUUCCAUAGGAUCAGCCCUCGACACUGUCACCCAAAAGUUGCUCGCGCCACUAGUAGUACAAGCCAAUAUCAUCGCCAUUUCGAUUGAUUACAGGUUAGCCCCCGAGCACCUUCUACCAAUUGCGUACGAUGAUUCAUGGGCUGGGCUACGAUGGGUUGCUUCUCAUGCAAAUGGACAAGGGCCCGAUCCGUGGCUUAAUGAGAAUGCAGAUCUGGGGCGGGUUUUCUUGAUGGGUGAAAGUACCGGAGCCACUAGCGCCCGCUAUGUUGCAGUCCAAGCUGGUGCUGCCAAACUCGUUGGUUUAAAAGUCAUAGGGACACUUAUUGUACAUCUUUUUGGCAGUAAAGAGCCUGAUGACAUACACAAGUACGUUUGCCCAACAAGUCCCGUCUUCGACCGCGACCCGAAACUGAACCCGGUGGAUCCGAAUCUGAGGCCAAUGGCAUCUGAUAGGCUAAUCGCCUUUGUAGCGGAGAAAGAUGGGUUGAGAAGUAGAGGAGAGCUUUACUAUGAAACUUUGGUCAAGAGUGGGUGGGGAGGAAGUGUUGAAAUUUAUGAGUCAAAAGGAGAGGAUCAUUGUUUCCAUGUUUUACAUGACAAUGGCAAAGCUGAGGUCUUGAAGAAAAAGAUAGUUGAUUUUAUAAAGAAAGAGUAAGAUUUAUUUCAGGCGAUCGAUCCAUUAUAAUUUUACUUCAUUUAUCGCGGCAUGCUUAAUUUACCAUCAAACCCGUUGCACCUCUAAUUUGCAAGAUACUCGUCUCUCUCUUUGAAGAGAUAUUGGAAACCCUUUUGGAACAGUUACGAUCUUGGAAAUGUUUCAAUGGAGGUAAGAUCUGGAAAUUGGAGAGGAAGCUGAAGAUACCGAAUUUAAUAAAGUAAAUAAGAUAAUUAAAAAAGUAACUUACCGAGUUGCCGUGUCCAAAUUCUCAACUCGUUCAUUUCUUCCUUUUAGAUUCCAAAUUUAACUUAAAACUGAGUUAAAAGUGACAUGCGUGCAUCAAUAUACAUGGUUCAAAACAAAUUACUAUAUGACAUUUUAUUGUGUAUGUACUGAGUUGAUGCAAGGCUGCAAAUCAAUCUGCUAUAUUUUGUAUAGAGAUAUCUCCUGAUCAUU